AUGAAGUUGGUCAAAUCCUUUAUAAUCUCCGCCAUCAUAGCCCUUGCGUCGUCAGGGCAGGUAUUCACCGGCACCAACUUCCCAAACCGUCCAACCCGAGGGUUCACGGCCGCAGAACAACAAAGGCAGUUGUUACAACGUCAACAGGCCGCGCCAAAACGGCAACAGGCAGAACGACAAAGACAACAAAAUCAGUUACAACAAACCGCCCCAGAACGUCAAUAUCGCGCGCCAGAAUUACAAUAUGCCGCGCCGCAAUUACAAUAUGCCGCGCCGCAAUUACAAUAUGCCGCGCCGCAAUUACAGCAGGCCAUGAUUGAACUGCAACCGUCAGCGCCAGAACAACAAUAUGGAGUGCCUGAAUUGCAAUUUGCCGCGCCACAAAUGCAACACGCUGGUCCACAACAAUUGCAACAGGUCACGCCACAACAGUUCCAGCCAAUUCCUGAAUCCGGCUUUCAACCAAUCAUUCCACAGCAGCCAGUUAUUCAGCAGGCUAUGCCUCAACAUCUUCAAGUAAGCCAACCCAGGCCACAGUUACAACUGAGGCCAGAACUACAGCAACAACAGGCCAGAACGGAGCAGUCUGCAAGAAUUUUGAGUUAUAUCAAUGAAAAUGAUGGACGCAAUUAUAGAUACGCAUACGAGACUGAAAAUGGAAUCAGAGCACAAGAAGCUGGACAAACCAUUAAAGGGACGCAAGCGCAGGGCGAGUACUCGUACACUGGUAAUGAUGGUCAGACCUACACUGUGAGGUACACAGCUGACGAGAACGGGUUCAGACCCCAAGGAGACCAUCUGCCAACCCCCCCUCCCAUUCCUGAAGCCAUAGCUAAGGCUAUUGAACAGAAUGCCCAGGAUGCAGCCAAUGGUAUUUUUGAUGAUGGUAAUUAUUUAUAA